AUGGGCGUUGAUAUUCAAACAUACAGAUCAAGAAUUGGCACAUACAAGCAUUCUCGAUGUGGUAAAACUAAUGAAAAUUUCAGACACUCCAGGGGUAGUGAUGUGGCAGUACUUGUCAAGAACAUAAUAGUUAGCAAUGACAUUCCAACUGUUGGCUGUGUGCUCUUCAUUGGCGUUCUUUUAAUGAUUGCUGGUGUUGAACCUAAUCCAGGUCCAAUGGAAAAGGGUUUUGACAGUAGCUGUGGCGAUGAGGUUCCUGGAGUUGUAAAAGGCGUAAAAAAGAGUGUAGAUGUUUCAGAUAAGUCAUUUGUUGAGGAACCGCAGGAUAUACCGCGUAUAAGAAUUUCCGGUUUAAUUGAAAACACAAAUAAGGAGAUGCUUGCAAUGUACUUUGAAUAUGAAGAGAGAAAUGGCGGCGGAAAGGUGAAAAAUAUUGCAAUGGACAAGAAGGGGAAGUUUGCUACGAUUGAUUUUGAGGAGAAAGCAGGUGUUGAUGCGUUUAUGCUUAGAAAUCCGAAACGCAUAUUGGGUAUGAAUGUGACAGUAGAAGUCUUUGCACUUCCUGUACAGUCAAAUGAUAUUGGGGAACUCGUUACUAGUACAAGUGAGUUGCUUAAAUAAUUCAUGUUUUCUGAGGUAUAAUUAUGUUCUGACACGCCUA